AAAAUGGAUUUUGUUUCGGGCAUGUAUAAAGAAAGCGAUAUAGCUUUCCGUUGCCGUACUUUUAUGCAUAAUUUAUAGUUUCCCCUGCGACAGAAAAAAGAUAGAAAACUGAAAUGAGAACAGUGUACUUGGACUUACCUGUUAUUGCCAGGCGUAUGCAUUCAUAGGAUUAAAAAUGGCAAUUUUGAUGAUUUGGACUGUAUCGUGGAUCCUGAUUGGUCAAGUAUUUACCCAAGAUGCAACAGUGUUUUACAAGAUCAGGGAAGAACUUGAUGUAGACAGUUACAUUGGCAGUAUUGGCCUUGACAGUAACCUUUUCACUAAUACAUCAACUGAUACAUAUAAUGAUUUAGAAUAUAGAAUUUCAAGUGAAAUGAGUAAGGGUGCAACUUAUUUUAAAAUCGACACAAAUGGUCUUUUGUUUAUUGACAAAAUAAUUGACAGAGAAAAGUUUGACGAUUGCGAUUUAGAGUGUUUCCUGGAGUUCAAUGUUGUUGUAUAUGAGUUGUCUGAACCAACCACUCUCAUACAAGUUCAAAUCGAAAUCGAAGAUUUAAAUGACAAUGCACCAGAAUUUUUGCCAAUAAAAAGUCCAGUUCGAGUGUUGGAGUCCUUGGAUGUUGGAUCAGUAAUAGUAACAGGAGCGGCCAUUGACUUAGAUCAAGGAAAAGAUAACUAUGUUAAAACUUACGUUUUAUUACCAGAUACUGAUAUAUUUAAUCUGACGGUAACUGACAACAUGGAUUUUGAAAUUCGACUUACAAAACCUUUAGACAGAGAAAUGGAGCCAUUUUAUCAAGUUGUGGUCUUGGCAAAAGAUGGUGGAGACAAACCACUAACAGGAACGGUUACGUUAGAUAUUGAAGUCACUGACGAUAAUGACAAUGCUCCAAUAUUUUCUGAACAACUUUACAAUAUAUCUGUGCAAGAAAAUACAGCAGCUAACACGGUGAUUCUUGAAUUAUCUGCAGUUGACAAAGAUGAAAACGAUUUUGGAAAAGUUUCAUACAAAUUCAGCAAUCGCGUUUCAAAGAAAAUAUCCGAGUUGUUUCAAGUAAAUGCUACAAGUGGGAAAAUAUCUACCAUUGGAACAAUAGAUUUUGAAACGGACGAAGAGUUUAAUUUCCAAGUUGUGGCAUAUGAUCACGGAAUUAAUUCAAAAUCAUCAACAGCAAGUGUCAUUAUCAAAGUAAUUGACAUCAAUGAUAAUUCACCGACUAUAAACUUAAAUUUGCCACCAGGUGGCGAUGUGUUAUCUGAAUACGCGGAAAUCGGAACGUUUGUGGCGCAUGUAGAAAUUAUGGACCAAGAUUCUGGAAAGAACGGGAAAGUAUUUUGCAAUGUGCUUGACAACUUUUUCAGACUUGAAACAAUGCAUAUUGCCAACAAUUACAAAAUCAUUUUGAAUAAGACAUUAGAUCAUGACACUAAAGCAUAUCAUAACGUUACGAUUCUUUGUCAGGAUCUUGGCAAUUUGCCAAGACAAACUUUUUCAAGUUUUAUCAUUCAUGUUGAGGAUAUGAAUGACAAUGCCCCACUUUUUACUGCAUCAGUCUAUGCUGUAUCGGUUGUUGAAAAUAACAAUAAAGAUGCUUCGAUCGUCAGAAUUUCGGCAACGGAUAAAGACAGUGGAUUAAAUGGACAGAUUUAUUAUUCGUUACAUGCUGAAUCUCAAGGACUGUUUGUAGUGAACUCUUUUACAGGUCUUAUUACUGCAAAUGUGAGUCUUGACCGAGAAACACAUGGAGAAGAAAGUAUUUUUCGAGUUUUUGCAAUAGAUAAAGGUAAACCUGCUCAGACGUCAACCGGAACUGUCGUUGUAAACAUUCUUGAUUUAAAUGACAAUGAUCCGAUCUUCAGAAAUGACCCAUUUAAAAUGAAUAUUCUUGAAAGUCAAAACAUAGGUUCAGCUGUUGGGAAUGUUUCUGCAAGAGAUCCCGAUGCAGGUUUAAAUGGAACGUUCUAUUUGAAAUUUCCAGAAGACCAGAAUGUUCUUGAAUUCUUCGAUUUUCAUGAGUCUGGAAUGAUUACAACAAAAAAGAUCCUUGAUCGGGAAUCAAUCGCUUUUCAUGAAUUUUAUGUUCAUGCAAUUGAUAUGGGUGGAAGAACAAGUUCCGCUUUGGUAAUUGUAUAUGUGACAGAUGAUAAUGAUAAUGUGCCAGAAAUUAUCUACCCGAAUGAAUAUGAUAACACCAUCAGCAUCCCUUUCUCCUUGCAGGAAAAUUCUGAAGUUAUUCAAAUAGUUGCUAGAGAUUAUGACAGCGAUGAAAAUGCUAAACUUUAUUAUUUCAUUGACGAGAACAAUGCAAGUUACACUUUUAAUAUAGAUAGUCAAUCUGGGAAAAUGUUUCUGAACAAGACUUUGCAUGAAAAGGAUAUUGGACAUACGUUAAGAUUUAAUAUACGUGUAAAAGAUGGCGGAAAUCCGUCUUUGGAGUCUUCAGUAGAAUUUUUUAUCAAAAUCAAAGAGGGACCAAAUAAUGAAACAUUAAAUGCUGGAAUGAGCUUGAAUUUGUGGAUUGUAGUUGGGAUUGUAAUAUUUACCGCUAUCGUUUCUGUACUAAUGAUCAUCGUUAUUGUUAAAAUCUGCUUGUGCAACCGACUUAAGGCAACAUCUGGAAGUACGUCAGACAUAAUCAUGGAAUCAAAAGAAGUUGACCCGAGAUUGAUAGAUUCGUCAUCGUCUGCUUCAACAUCCUCUAAAGAUUCCAACGGCAAUGAGAAAAUCAAAGAUGACAGUCUACAAAUCCAAGAUGGCUACCAGAAGGGUUACUUCAAUAGUCUAGAUGAGACUGGUUACCUUUCAAACUCUAGUUUGGCUUCUGUUGAUAAUCAGCUAUAUAUAGAACAAGUUAAACAGUUUGGUUAUGAGCUUGAAAAGAAGGUAGAUGAGACAAAUAGUGACAAUUCUGGUGAGAUAGGAACCAGGGACAGUGGUCAGGGAGGUAGUGAUGUCGAUAUCAAUAGUCUUACAGAGUUACCUGUCCUUGAUAUCGCAGGGAGUUCCACAGACAGUUAUCUGCCUCCAAAAUACACAGAUCUUCAUAGCAACUACACGGAUGGAAGUGUUUCUAAAAAUAACAUUUACAAUGACCAGUUACCUCCUUUCUCACAUCAGACCUAUUUUGAUAAUUUCAAUAGUAGCAGUAAUAAUUCAGAUAGUUCAUUUUUGCCACAAACUACUGCAAGUUUUAGCAGUAACCCUACAAAAACUGCAGAGAGGAGAGAAAUCUCAAAGUUACGAAAGAGUCAAAAGCGAGUCAUGUUUAGUGACGACCUUGAGAACUCCCAUUCUAGUGAAAGGUCAAGUACUUUAUCCAAUCAGUCAGCAUCUGAUAUUAGUCAUAUUAGUGAUUCAAGACUAAAACCACGUAAAUUUCAUCGAAUGUUAAGUGAAGAUAUCACAAGUUCGCCAAGUCAACUUAAUCGAGCAAAUGACUGGUUGCGACGUUCUGCAGAUAGUUUUUCGAGACGACCAAACAAUGACAAAAUAUACAAUCAGUUGCCUAGCAACCAGAUUAAGUUCGGAUCGGGAAGGGACUUCAGAAACAGACCAAUGGGGAGCAAUUUCAAAACAUAUCUCGACAAAGUGAUGGAAAAAUCAAAAUCAAGUAGUUCAAGUGAUGGUUACCUUUCAAAAUCCUCAGAAAGUGACAAUGUAUUUUCUGUUGAUACUUUAGCGUCUGAGUCAACUUACAGAGAUAGUGACAGUAUAACGACUUCAGGGACAUAUGAUUUGAUAAAUGAAGAAAAUACUUUAAGUCUUGCCAGUCCUUCAUACUCAAAUAACACCUAUGCAAGGGACAUUGAAAUAUAAAUAGAGUGAUCUGAAAUGAUAGUCACUGGUUAUAUCUAGGUCAGGGUGAAAGUCAGGGAAUUUUUUAUUGAUACUUUGAAUAUACUUUGAAUAUUCAAGUUUGUUUUACUUCGAUGGUUAUAUUAUGGUAUACAUUUUGAGGACGAUGACGCAGCAAGUAUAUAGUUUAAGGUCAUGGACCCGUAAUGACAAUCGGCAAAUAACGUAUUCUCCGUACGCAAUUUCGGCAUUCUUCAUUUCAUUACGGAAUGCCAUAUUUGCGUUCAGCUACAUUUACAAUGAUGGUACGUAAUCAUAUGGAAAUUGCCGAGUGAAAUUAUGGGUCAGCUGCCUAAAUUUUCAGGUCAACAAUGUCUAACUGACCUCUAUAUGGGUGUUUUCAUUUGUGACAACAACAACUCACUUGGUAUAAUUGUCAUGACUGACUUACCCAAUUAUAGAUUUGGUCCAGUAUUUCACCUCGAUUGUUUAAAAAGAUAGAAUAUAUACAUGAUAGUGCGUCUAGUUUGUAAAAUUAGUGUGAAAAAUACUCCAAAAUAAUAAAGUGCAUGUAAAAUUUUAUUCUAAGCUCUGAUUUUUUAAAUAAAAAAAACAAUUUACAACUGCUCUUCAUUCUGUGAAGGUAAUAAAGUAUCUAUCUGAUAUACCUUUUUAUACUUUUAUGAUUUUUGUCAAGUUACAAAGCAAAAACUUGCAUAAUAACACUUUCUUGAAUGGUGACAUUGUACAUAAAUCAAUUUCAGCUAAAUGUUUAAUUUUUUUUUGUGGUGAAUAAAACCAUUUCAUUCAAUUUAAUAAAAAAAACAUGGGAUCAUUCUGAUACGAGUGCUCCCAUUUUGGAAAUGAUAUACUUUGUACUAAAUGCCAUUGAAAUUUUAAGUUUUUGCGUAAUGCUGCCAACAUUUUGUAUCUGAUUUUAUACACAAAUUACCUAGUAUUCACAUAAUUAUAAAAAUCCUACAGGUAUUUAAAAAGAAUAAUCAUUUGUGUUUCAUUAUUGAUUAAUUGCAUUAAAGGAAUAUGAUUGUUAAACAAUAUGGAACUAUUUUUCUGUAAUUCUUAUCAUGUCUAACUCUCCAUAUAACAGCCAAGUUACAUAUUUUUAAGCCUUAACCUGCUAAUUUCUAAAACAGACUGGUCCAUCAUUCAAUUUGGGCAGACCAUUUAUUAUUUGAAGGGGUGUUCACUGAAAAUUUACCGACUGAAUAGGGAACAGUGCAGACCAUGAUCUUGGUCUGCACUGGUCACAAAGGCAGAAUCACCCGCUCCCAGCAGGCUAAAGGUUAAAGGUUUGAGUAUAUUUAGGGAAAUUGUUCCUGCUGAAGACUAAGAAAUGUGGUUAAUUUGACACAAAACAAUACUUCUGUUUAUCAUUUAAUCUAUAUUGAUCAUUUCCAUUGGUCUAAACACAGUCAAAAAUUUAUAUUGACUGAAGGAUGGAGCUAAAAACACAUUUAUUUCCAUCAGUGAUGUCAUAAUGUUGUGACAUCAUAAAAAGUUUAAUUUUAUACAAAUUAUAAUCAUAAAACUAGAAAAAACAAACAAUUACUGCAAAAUUUUGCAACUCUUUCCAUGAUUGGGUGUAUUCGUCAGCCUGAUAAUAUUAAUUAUAAGUUUUUUUUAGUUUCAAUAUCUAGAUGAAAUUUAUGAUUAAGCUGCACAGAAGUUACAAAAAUUGUAACUUUAUCCAAGUUGUAGAUAUGUUAAGAUCUCUCACUGUUGGUAUAAUUGUUAGAUAUUGUAAAUAUUCCACAUAUUUAUUCUGGAAAGGGUUUAGAUCUCUUUUUUUCUGGAAAGAAAUUGAUUUUAUAGAAUAUACAUACACAUUUAUAUAAAUGCACAUCUAUAUGAAGAUAUGAGUGGAAUUUAUAAUACAUGUACAUUUUGUUUUAUUUCAUUUAUAUGUCUUAUGUAGUGAUCAAAUAUUUGUGCUCAAUAUCUUGUCAAAGAGUUAUGUUUUUAUAAAAUCAUUUUAGAUUCUCAGAACAAGAAUUUAAUGCUCAUAUUUUUAAUAAAUCCAUUUUAUGCCAA